AUGGCGCCACCCUCGCUUCAAGUUCCGGUUGCAAAGGUACCUUUUGCGAUCCUGCGCAAGACCCGUUUGGCGAUGUUCCACCUGCUGGAGCGCGGAGAGGCAGAGAAAACACGAGAUCUGGGUUCCAAGCUGCUGGAAGAGUUUGAUGCUUCUGGCACUGAACCAGAUGAGUCCGAGUAUGGGCAACUGGUCAAGAUUCUGAGUAUAUACGCCGAUGCUUGCGCAGACGUUGGUGACCACGGUCGGUGCAGGGAACUACUGGAGAGGCGUUUGCAGGCCCAGGAGCACAGGUUCGGCGUUGAUCAUCCAGAACUUGUCGAACCACUAGGUCGUUUAGGCAAAUGCUAUCUCGACUUGGCCGAGUCUGAGAGCAUGCAAAGUCUCGACCAUGGCUACGCCAAGAAGGCAAGGAAACUGCUAAAACGUGCCGUGGAGAUUGGUGAGGCCCACUCGUUCUUCAACCAGCCGCAGCCAGGGAGCCUCAUGACCCUAAAACUUUAUGCCAGCGUUUGCGGAGACCUCCAGCAGAGGAAGGAGCUGUUGGAACUUUGUGUUACGAUUUUGGAGCAGAUGGGUUUGCAAUACCGGAAAAACCUCCCUGAAUACUUAAAACUCCUCGCCGUGGCAUUGAGGGACCUUGGCGAACAUCAAGAAAGCAAGGAGGUCCUCGAGCGGUGCUUGAGGAUCCAGGAAGAGCGUAUUCGCUGCAGACACAUCGAAGUGGUGCCCGAAGCGGUCCCUGCUUUGUGCAAUCUUGGCCUGGACUUCUGUGAUCUACAGUUGCAAAGCGAGGCGUUACUAGGGCGGUGUUUAAGCAUCCAGCAACAACUUGCCACCAGCCAGCAGCAGGUCGCCCAGGCACUUUACAGCGGUGGGUUGGUGCUUUGUAAGCUCGGAAUGCACCAGAAGAGCCAGCACUUUCUGGAGCAUGCCCUGAAGAUUCAGGAGGAGCAUUCCAAUGCGCUUGAAGUCGCAAGAACGCUUGUGAACUUGGGAGGUGUUUGCCACCAGUUAGGCCAACACCAGCGAGAGAAGGAGCUGACGAACCAAGCACUCCAGCUGCUUCGGGAGCACAGCUCCACUCAUCCUGACCUGCAACAAGGGCUGGGCCAUUUGGCGUGGUCGGGCGAGAAGCAAGAUGAGCACCAGAUGGAUCAGCAAAGCGAAGUCGCCGACAAGGAAGAGGUGAAGGCUUGUGAUGAUGGGGAAAAUGGUGCUUCGCACGAUGCCCAUGCCUGCAACGCACUGGGCAUGGAACGCCUUCGUGAGGGGAAGAGGCGUGAAGCGAUUGCAGCUUUCACUCGGGCCAUCGAGUUGGACGUCAAUGAUGCGACGGCCUACAACAAUCGCGGGAUUGCGUAUGAGCUCGAAGGCAUGACAGAGGCUGCCCAGGAAGACUGCAACAAGGCAGAGGAGUUGGCAGGAGGGGAUGCUGAUAUGCUGGACAAGUUGAAGCUUACUCGCAAGUGGAAACCUGUCGGAUGGCAAGGCCGCGGAGAAACUAGGGCAGAAACAAGAGCCUCAGAUGCAGACUUCCUCCUUUCCUUUGCCACCCCGGACACUGACGUCAACAACAAGAUCCUAGAGCUGCUGGGUAAGGGGGUUGCUGUGUUCGAGGGCCGAAAGCGCUCCGUGUCUUUCUGCCAUGACCGUUCCCUUGGGAUGGGCGUGCACAUCCAUGGUGGAGAGCAGCAAGGUCGAACGGACCCCCAGUUUGACAUCCUGGACCAGGAGCGGAAGCCAGGCGAAUUUCCCAAGUGGUUUGAAGAGUACUACAAGGCUGCCGAGGAGACCAGACAUGGCAUCCUGAUCCUGCAACUUACGGAGGACUACUUGAAGUCGAAAGCUUGCCGCUGGGAGUUUGGCUACUUGCGCAAGCCAGAGCUGGUGCACGUCGUUGUGAAGGACGAGAAGAAGCUUGUGAUCGUGCACUGGCGACAGCUCAUGUGCGAUGUGCACUUGUGCAAACAAGCAUGCAUGCCGAAGAGGGAUGUUCAAAAGGACGUGGAGGAAGUAUUGGAAGGCAGAGGCACAGAUGCAACCCGACGGCAGUUGGAAGACCUUUUUGCCAUCAACAAAGUCGCGAAGCUGGCGUCCCUUGUGCGCAAGCAAGAGAAUCAGGCCUGGUGCGAGCUGCCGCUCCGAGAAGUUGCGUAUACCCUAAGUGACGGUGGUCCGUUUGCCUUGAAGCAGGGUCGUAUUCUCAUGGGCGUUUUGUUGGAGACGGGACAGACCCAAAGAGCCCAGCGUUUUGGCGCCCUCCUUCUGCGUGAGUCCGAUGCAUCAGCAAAGGAGCUGUCUGAGUCCGAUCAUGAGCAGUACGUCCAGACGCUGCAUUUGCUUAGCCAGGCUUGUGGAGCCCUUGGCGACUACUGCCAGAGCAAGGAAGUCUUGGAGAGGUGCUUGCAGGUCCAGGAGAAGAGAUUCGGUGCUGAUCAUCCGGAGAUCGUCCAGACCCUGAAUCGGCUCGGCAACGUUCACGGAAGUUUGGGCAACCUUGCCAGGCAGAAGGAGUUUCAAGAGCGGGCGGUGGAGCUUUGCGAGACCCACUUCGGCCCGAAUGACCUCAAGUCCGUUGCAAGUCUGGCCAAUCUUGCUGAAAUUUCUGGACGCUGCGGGGAUUUGCAACUGGCAAAAGAGCUGUGGGAACGCUGCAUCAGCAUUGUGGAGCUGGACCCAGACGCGAGCCGCACCGGUUUGGGUUGCUUGCUGAAUGGAUUGGCCCUGGUUUGCGGGAAAUUGGGAGAUCUACAGCGGAAGAAAGACCUGCUCGAGCAGGGGUUACGCCACCAGGAGCAGGUGAUCGGCAAGGAGCACCCCGAUGUGCUUCCACUCUUGCGGAACCUUGCCCAGGUGUGUCAAGUGACCGGCGACCAUGACCGAUGCAAGGCCUUGCUCGAGCAGCGACUGAGGGCCACGGAGCUGCACUACGGCACAGGGCACCGCGAGCUCGCCAGCGUCCUGAUUGAUGUAUCCAUCACUUGGGGCGCGCUUGGCGAGCUUGAGAAAAAGAAGGAGAUGCUUUUGAAGGCGCACAAGAUCUUUGAAGAGCACUCCGAUCACGUCAAUGUUGCAAUAGCCCUUCUCAAUUUGGGAUCUACCUGGUCGCAGCUAGGCGACCCUCAUCAGUACAGGGGGCUGGCCGCACGAGCCUUGGAAAUCUUGGAGCAGCAGCCCUUCCCGCAUCUUCUGGCGGAGGCAAAGGUCCACUUCCACAAUGCGUGCGAAGCUCUGGAGUGCAGCAAUUUUGAAGCCCAGAUGCAACAUGACCGAAUGGAAGCCGCGAGCCAAGCUACUACGCAGGACAACGUGCAGAUCAAGCAGGUGGACCCCGCGGAAGCCAUGAGCAUCGUCAAGUCCAACGUUGGUUGGAACCCAGCCAUGGAGAAAUGCUUAGGCCAAGAAGGAGUGGUGAUCGUUGACAAGACCACGAGAUUGAAAGUCAAAAUGGCAGAUGGUAGCACCUGGUGGUGGCCAGCACAGCUCCUUCAAGGCUUCCUCCCGCCGACCGAUGCAGAGGCAGGUGGCUCGACGAUCAACGCUGGCAUCACAUGUGACGGAUGUCACAUAGCUCCUCUUGUUGGCACCCGCUACAAAUGCCGCGACUGCUGCGACUUCGACCUCUGCUCCGCCUGCUACGGCAACUGGACCGGCGGAGGUCGUGAUCACCCGCAGGCCCUCUUCUACGGGCUCUUCUAG